GUUACACAUAUAGUUUAAACAUGAUCAUGUAUAUAAAUACUACCUUGCUUCUCUUCUUCCUUCUCACAGUACGCACUUCAAAUCUUUGCGCGUGCUUCUUGAAACAGGUUCCGUACAAACACUGUACGGUUUUCCCUCUAAAGUGUAACGGCUUCUGUACUUUCCGUUUUUGCACAAAAGGGCGCUGUCGCAGACACAGGGAUGGAGAAAGAGUGCCCGACGACGAAGGACGAGGCUUCAGCAGGUGUCGUUUUGUUCGGGAAAUACGAGAUAGUGAAGUUGCUGGGCGUUGGCGGGUUCGCGAAGGUGUACCACGCGCGGAACGUGAACACGAUGGAGAGCGUGGCGGUGAAGGCCGUGAGCAAACGCAAGGUCCAGAAAAACGGUUACAUGGCGCACGUUGAGCGCGAAGUCUCUAUCAUGCGCCGACUGCGCCACCCGCACACUGUGGAACUCUUCGAGGUCCUCGCAACCAAGACUAAGAUCUACUUCGUCAUGGAGUUUGCAUCCGGCGGCGACCUCUUCGGAGUUAUGGCCGCCGAGGGACGCUUCACGGAGGAUCUCAGCCGGAGAUAUUUCCGGCAGCUCAUCUCCGCCGUCAAGCACUGCCACUCCCGCGGUGUCUUCCACCGCGACCUCAAGCUCGACAACAUCCUCGUCGACGAAAACAAGAACAUCAAAGUGUCGGAUUUCGGGUUGGGCUCAAUUAAGGACCCGACCCGACCCGAAGGUUUGCUCCAUACAGUUUGUGGGACCCCUGCCUACGUGGCACCUGAGAUCCUCGCUAGGAAGGGCUAUGAUGGUGCGACGGUGGAUGUGUGGUCUUGCGGCGUCGUUUUGUUCGUACUCACCGCUGGGUAUUUGCCCUUCAAUGAUUACAAUAUUACGGUUUUGUACAGGAAGAUCUAUAGAGGACAGUUCCGGUUCCCGAAAUGGACAUCGAAUGAACUGAGGAACCUCUUAUCGAGGUUGUUGGACACAAACCCAAAUACGAGAAUAACCGUUGAUGAGAUCAUGCGGGACCCAUGGUUCUGUCAUGGCGGGUAUAAGGACACAUGGGUCGGGUCGGACCCUGAACGGGAGAAGAAUUAUCAGGCUGUGACUAAGAGAUUGAACGCGUUUGAUUUGAUAUCUUUUUCAUCCGGGUUGGACAUGUCGGGUUUAUUUACUGACCCGGAACAUUCGGAUUGCACUGAACGGUUUGUCACGGAGAAGUUGCCGCAGAAGGUGGUGGAGAUGGUGGAGGAGGUGGCGGAGAUGGAAAGACUAGUGAGAGUGAUAAAGGGUGGUGAGAGCGGUUGUGGAGGAGUGAGGCUAGAGGGGUUGAAUGGUAAUUUUGGAAUUGUUGUUCGGGUUUACCGGUUAACGGAUGAGCUUUAUGUGAUUGAAGUGAAGAGAAGUGAGAGAGGAGUGGCAAUUGGUGAACGGUUUUGGAGAGAUGCUUUAAAGCCACGGCUUCUUGCAUUGGCUCUUAAACCGGAUGUGCCUGUCUCCCGGUGACUUCAGAAUGGAUUUAUGGUAAAUAGUUUUAUUUAUUUAUUUUUACAAUAAAAUUAGUUUUAUUUUACA